GGAGGUGUUUCAUGCAGAAACAAGCCUGCACCACCCUACAUGGCCGUGGGACUCGCGUGUUUUGUGUGCAGAGGGCGCGGGUGCAGAGCAGCAGAUCUGUUCAUCCGACUCUCUGGACUUCCUGUCAUCUUGCUGAAGUGUCUUUGAGCCAGACGCUGAAUCUCUGACAGGCAGAGAGAAACCCGAGAGCUGUUCCAGCAUGGAGGGGAGGCGGGGUCUUCUCCUCAGCCUCAUCAUAGCAGCAUGUUUCUACGGCAACGCUGCUCAGAAGACAGUCUGCACUCAAGAGGCCGUGGCCGACAUCGUCUUCUUGGUGGAUGGGUCGCAUAGCAUCGGCCCCGAAAACUUCGAGCAGAUCCGUCGGUUUCUGUACACGCUGGUCAACAGCUUCGACGUCGGGCCUGAUCAUGUUCGCAUCGGGCUGGUCCAGUACAGCAACAAUCCACGCACCGAGUUCAAGCUCAACACCCAUCAGAACAAGGCCGACAUCCUCCAGUACAUCGCCGCUUUGCCUUACAUGGGGGGCGGCACCCGGACGGGGCUAGGCUUGGACUUCAUGCUGAAAAAUCACUUUGUGGAGGCCGCUGGAAGCCGCUCGCAUCAGAAUGUGCCGCAGAUCGCCGUGGUGAUCACCGAUGGCAAAUCACAAGAUAACGUGGAGUCGCACGCCGAGGAUCUGAGGAGAAAGGGAAUUGUUUUGUAUGCAAUUGGUAUUAAAGACGCAGAUGAAGACCAGCUGAGAGAGAUAGCGAAUGAGCCGUACAGUCGGCAUGUCUACAGUGUGUCAGAUUUUGCGGCGCUGCAGGAAAUCUCUCAGAGCAUCGUCCAGACGCUGUGCACAACUGUAGAGGAAGCCAAACGUCAAUUCCUGCAGUUGUCUAAAGAAUGUGCCGAAGCCACCGUGGCCGACAUCGUCUUCCUGGUCGACGGCUCCUCCAGCAUCGGCAGCAGUAACUUUCAGGAGGUCCGAGGGUUUCUCCGGAGCGUGAUCUCAGGCCUCGACAUCGGCCCUGACAAAGUUCGGAUCGGUUUGGCGCAGUACAGUGACAGACCUCAGAAGGAGUUCCUGCUGCAGGAUCACAUGGACAAGAGUUCCCUGCUGGAUCAAGUUGACAAUUUUCCCUACAUGACAGGAGGCACACAAACAGGCAUGGCCAUCGACUUCCUCCUGGAGAAUUAUUUCAAACAUUCCACCCGUAAGCGAGUGCCUCAGAUCGCUGUGGUCAUCACAGAUGGGGACUCCACAGAUGAUGUGACAGGGCCCGCCCAGAAACUGAGACGUCAUGGAGUCAUUGUGUUUGGCAUUGGGGUGGGACAAGCAAACCAAGAGCAGCUCAAGUCCAUUGCCAACCAGCCUUCAGACCGCUUCCUGUUCUCCAUCGAUAACUACCAAGCUCUGCAGAGGCUGACGGAUGGUCUGCUGCAAACUGUGUGCGUCUCCAUGGAGGAUCAGAGGCAAGCCUUGGCAGAAAAGUUUGCAGACAUUGUCGUCCUGGUGGACAGUGGCUUGAGUCAAGCAGAUUUCCAGCAAGUCAGGGCUAUGCUCAUCCGACUGACCAAUCAACUGAACAUCGGAGCCUCUGCUUACCGCCUUGGUUUGGCCCAGUAUGGUCAAGAAAUCAAGGUUGAAUUUCAUCUUAACAGUUACCAAACCAAAGAGCAGACCCAGACCACUGUCAGGCGUUUCCGCCAGCAGAGAUUGCAACCCAACGAGCCACGGAACCUGGGCAAAGCAUUGCAGCAAGCCAGCACUGAGUUUUUCACCAGUGAGAGAGGAAGCCGGGCAGACCAGGGCUACCGACAAUUCCUGGUUGUUGUGAGUGGAAAAGACUCAGAUGAUCCUGUGUAUAACGGGACACGUACGAUCAAAUCAGAAGGAGUGACUGUGGUGGGGAUAAACGUUGGUGCAAGGAGAUCGCAAAUGCGUUUCAUAUCCACUUCUCCUUAUUUAUACUAUUCUGUUUCCAACAUUGCUCCUACUUUGAAGGGUGUUUUCGAAGAAGAGAAAGAUGAGACCACUCUGACUGGAGAUUGCAAAGCAGGCAAUCGGGCAGACAUCGUGUUCGUCGUUGAUGAGUCUGGAAGCAUUGGAACGGCCAACUUCCAGCUGGUCCGCACUUUCCUGCACUCGAUAGUGAGCGGCCUGGACAUUGGUGUGAACAAAGUCCAAGUGGGCAUUGUAAUGUACAAUGAUAUGCCCACAGCACAGUUCUACCUCAACACCUUCAAAAACACGGAUGAAUUGCUGAAGUUCAUCAAAAUCCUGCCUUACCGUGGAGGUGGUACGAAGACCGGAGAGGCUCUAAAAUUCACUCGGGAGAACGUUUUCACAGUGGAGAGAGGAAGCAGGAAAAACAAAAACAUCCAGCAGGUGGCGGUGGUGAUCACAGAUGGUGAAUCUCAGGACAACGUGAGCGCGCCAGCAGCUGAACUCCGUCGAGCUGGUGUUACUGUUUACGCUGUAGGAAUCAAAGACGCCAACAAGGGCGAACUGGAUGAGAUUGCAUCUGACCCCGCCAAGAAGCAUGUGUUUAUUGUGGACAGUUUUGCCAAACUGAAACCUCUGCAGCAGAGUCUGCAGAAAAGUCUUUGUCAUAAUAUCUUUCGCCAAACAGUCACAGUCGAAAAAAGAAGAUCUGGCAUCAAAAAAGGCUGCACACAAACGGAUGAAGCAGAUAUUUUUUUCCUGAUUGACCAUUCAGGAAGCAUUCAACCCUCUGACUUCUAUGACAUGAAGAAGUUCAUCAUGGAGUUUCUUCAUACCUUCCGUAUUGGGCCAGACCAUGUCCGCGUGGGGGUUGCAAAAUACGCAGAUUCAGCAAACGUGGAAUUUGAUCUGAACACCCACUCAAAUGUUCUGGCAUUGGAGAGAGCUGUGCAAGAUAUUAAACAAGUAGGAGGUGGGACUAAUACAGGAAGAGCACUUGAAUUCAUGAGGCCAAUCUUUGACAGAGCGUCGUCCACUCGUGGUCACAAAGUCCGAGAGUACUUGGUGGUCAUCACUGAUGGAAAAUCCUCUGAUGAAGUCAAGGCCCCUGCAGAAAGACUGAGAAUGCAGGACGUCACUGUCUAUGCCAUUGGAGUGAAAAACGCAGAUGAAAAUGAGCUACAAGAGAUUGCCGGCGACCCCAAGAGGACUUUCUUUGUCAAUAAUUUUGAUGCCCUGACGCCAAUCAAGGAUGACAUUGUCACAGACAUCUGUUCAUCAGACACUUGCAAAGACAUACCAAGCGACCUCCUUUUCUUGAUUGACAGUUCUGGGAGCAUCAAUCCAAACGACUACCAGAAAAUGAAAGAAUUCAUGAAAUCUGUGAUUAGCAGAUCCGACAUUGGGGAGAAUAAGGUGCACGUUGGUGUCAUGCAGUUCAGCAGUGUUCAAAGCCUAGUGUUCCGCCUCAACGACUACUACAGCAAAGAUGGCAUGUUGAGAGCCAUCGAUGGUAUGACUCAGAUCGGUGGAGGCACGGACACAGGUGAAGCCAUCACAGUUUUGUCACCGUAUUUCGAUAAAGCCGAAGGAGGGCGUCCUGACCAGAGGCAGAGGCUGGUAGUGAUAACAGAUGGAGAGUCCCAAGACGCGGUCAAAGAGCCCGCUAAAAAACUUAGGGACAAGAGAGUGCAGAUCUAUGCCAUUGGAGUGGUGGACGCCAACACCACCCAGCUGCUGGAGAUCAGUGGGUUAGAAGAAAGAGUCUAUUCUGAGAGGGACUUUGACGCUCUGAAGGAUUUGGAGAGCCAGGUGGCUUUGGAGCUCUGUGAGAGAGACUGUGUGAAGACAGAAAAAGCAGACAUUAUUUUCCUGGUGGACGGCUCCACAAGCAUAACACCGGCCAACUUUAUAAGCAUGCAGAAGUUUAUGGAGUCACUGGUGGACGAUACCACGGUUGGCAAAGAUCUGACUCGCUUUGGGGUCAUUCUCUUCUCUGACGACCCCAUAUCUGUUUUUUCUCUGAAUAAGUAUGAGUCCAAACAAAACGUUUUAAGGGCAAUAAAAGAACUGAAGUCCCCAAAUGGAAACACCUAUACUGGCAAGGCUCUGCAAUACUCGUUACAGUACUUCAAUGCGGAACAUGGCGGUCGGGCAAAAGACAAGAUUCCUCAGAUUCUCAUGGUGAUCACAGAUGGUGAUGCUACUGACCCUAACAAUCUUGAAAAUCCAUCCGAAGCACUGCGAAACCAUGGGAUCAGCGUCUUCAGUAUUGGAGUGGAGGGAGCCAACAAGGUCCAGCUGGAGAUCAUGGCUGGCGAGACAUCCAGAGUUUUCUAUGUGGACAAUUUUAAGGCCCUGGAAACUCUGUACAAGAAUAUCUCUGAUGUCUUCUGUAACUCCACCAAGCCAGUUUGUGAAAAACAGAAGGCUGACCUGGUCUUCCUACUCGAUCAGUCUACCAGCAUCGACCGGAAGGACUACGGCAUCAUGAAGAAUUUCACAACAGAACUGAUACAAAGCUUUGAAGUCAGUAAGGAUUUAGUGCGUGUUGGACUUGCCCAGUUCAGCAGUACUUUCCAGAAUGAGUUUUAUCUAGACACGUUCAACACCGAACAGGAGAUGACUAAGCACAUCUUUAAUAUGCAACAACGUGGUGGAGACACCAAUAUCGGAUUUGCCCUGGAUUCCAUCAGGGAAUAUUUCACAGCGAACCGAGGCAGUCGUAAGUCUGAAAAGAUCUCCCAGAAUCUGGUUUUAAUCACUGACGGGGAAUCACAGGAUGAUGUGGAGGAUGCGGCCGACCGUCUCAGGGAUCUGGGUAUCGAGGUGUUUGCCAUCGGCAUUGGAAACGUCCACCUUCUGGAGCUCUUGCAGAUCUGUGGCACUCCACAGAAGGUGUUCACCGUGCAGAACUUUGACAGCUUGAAAGAAAUCAAGCGAAAGGUGAUCGACACCAUCUGCCAAUCCAAAGUUCCAGACAUUCAACCUGAAAAAGACUGCAGCAUCGAUAUCGCAUUCGGAUUCGAUAUCUCUCAAAGAACCGGAUUUCCCGGUGAGACGCUGGUCAGCGGCCACACCAGGCUCCAGACCUUCCUCCCGGAGAUCGUCAAUUACGUUUCCUCCGUGCAAGGUAUGUGCUGCACUGGCACCACCCCCAUCAAGACCAACAUUGCUUUCCGAGUGGUGAGCCGUGAUGGACGUACCCUGGACGACUUCAACUUCGAGGGCUACAGCGAGGAUGUGGUGAGGAAAGUUAUGACUUUGAAUUUGGCAGAGGCAACUGUCUUCAACACCAACCUGCUGAGAUCCUUUGAGGAGAAGUUCAGGGCCCAGUCCAGAGCUGGUGUGAAGGUGCUUGUGAUCUUCUCAGACGGACUCGAUGAAGACGUGAUGACACUGGAGCAACAAUCAGAGCAGCUGCGACAGUCUGGGGUCAGCGCUCUGCUGAUUGUGGCUCUGGAUGUAGUGCAUGAUCCCGCUCAGCUGCAGAUGGUGGAGUUUGGUCGAGGGUUCGGCUACAAACUUCCUCUCAGCAUCGGCAUGCCGAGUGUCGGCAGCACCAUCCUCAAACAGAUUGACACGGUGUCAAACAGGGAGUGUUGCGGCGUCAUGUGCAAAUGUUCAGGACAUGAAGGUAUCCGUGGCUCUCGGGGCCCCCUGGGGUUAAAGGGUCAGCCUGGACAGAAGGGUCACCCUGGGUUCCCAGGAGAGGAGGGUGUUGCUGGCGAGCGUGGGGGUCCCGGACCCAGUGGACCUCAAGGUGUCCAGGGUUGUUCUGGACUCAGAGGAAUGAAGGGAAACCGAGGCCUUCGGGGAAACAGGGGCGAGGAUGGAGAAGACGGACUGGAUGGAGUCGAUGGACAACAGGGAGUGACGGGACGGGAUGGAGGUCGAGGAGAGAGAGGACAUCAAGGAAACCCAGGUAUCCCAGGUAUCAGAGGAGAGGCGGGACCGAAAGGAGAGCGAGGACUGAGAGGAGAUCCGGGUGAACCAGGUACUGAUAACACCGUCCCCGGAGCCAAAGGAGAGCGGGGGAACCCAGGUUUACCGGGACAACCUGGACCGGACGGGUUGAGAGCUGAGGAUGGAAUCACUGGAAACCCGGGUCCAGAGGGAAGAAGAGGGCCACUGGGUGAGAAGGGUGCACCUGGACAGCCUGGAGAUCCAGGACUCGCAGGUAGUGCAGGUGCUUCAGGUCAACAGGGUCCCAGAGGGGUCAGAGGUCAACCGGGACCAAGAGGAAUCGUUGGUCUUCCUGGACCUCAGGGUGGACCUGGAACAGUUGGAAACCCGGGAACAGGCGGACGCCGUGGCCCGAACGGACAGAAGGGUCAACAAGGAGAGCCAGGUGUGAAGGGUGCUCCUGGAUCGCGGGGACCCAUAGGAAUGCCGGGUCAGGAUGGUAGAGACGGUUAUGGAACUGCAGGACCCAAAGGUGCCAAGGGAGAUCCUGGUUUCCCUGGUUACCCUGGUUUACCGGGUGAGGACGGCCUGCAGGGAGUCAAAGGUCAUCCAGGACGUAAAGGGAACCGAGGUCGCGGGGGGAACUCAGGCUUGCCGGGAGAAUCGGGUGUGCCGGGAGAUCCGGGAUAUCCAGGACACCGGGGUCCCAGAGGUCCUCCUGGAGGCAAAGGCAUGACCGAGUGUCAGCUGAUCACCUACAUCAGGAACAACUGUGCAUGUUCCAUCGGUCAGACAGAGUGUCCGGCCUACCCCACUGAGCUGGUGUUCGGCCUGGACAUGUCGGAGGAUGUGAACCAGAAUGCCUUCGAGAGGCAGCGCAAAGCCCUCCUCUCUCUGCUGGAGGACAUCGCCAUCGCUGAGAGCAACUGUCCGACAGGCGCCCGUGUGGCUGUGGUGGGAUACAGCGCCAACACCAAGUACCUGAUCCGUUUCCAGGACUACCACCGCAAGACCCAGCUGAUUGAAUCUGUGAAGAACAUCGCCCUGGAGCGCACAUCCAACCAGCGCUACCUGGGAUCCGCCAUGCGCUUCGUGGGUCAGAACGUCUUCAAACGCACCCGGGCAGGAGUUCUGAUGAGGAAGGUGGCCGUGUUUUUCUCCAACGGACCAUCACAGAAUAAUGGCGACAUUGUUACUGCCGUGAUGGAGUACCGGGCCCUCAACAUCGUCCCUACAGUCAUCUCACUGGGGAACGCUCCUGAUGUUAGACGAGCGAUUGAGGUGGACGAAACAGGAAACUCCAUCUUCUUAUUGCUGGGGAGGGACAUGGAUGCUGACCUGAGGAAGGCCAAGAACUGUGCUAUAUGUUACGACCCCUGCAGACGUACAGAGGAGUGUGCCUCCAUCCAGGAACCAAUGCGGCCUCAGGAGGUGAAUGUGGACCUGGUGAUGGUGGCGGACAGCUCCAGGCUGGUGCAGGCUGACGAGUACGCAGGCAUCCAGCAGCUGUUGGGCUCUGUGGUGGAGCAGCUGGCUGUGAGUCCGCAGCCCUCGCGGCCCGGCAACCAGGCCCGAGUAGCUGUAGUCCAGCAGAGCGGCGCUCAGGCUAAGGUGGAGUUUGGCCUGCAGCAGUACAGGGACGACCAGCUGAUGAAGACACACCUGGUCCAGAACAUGCACCAGCAGGGCGGCUACUCGGCACUGGGACGAACGCUGGAGUACUCCCUGAGGGAGGUGCUGCUGAAGAGCAAAGCGCCCCGCAGGAAGAAGGUAAUGCUUACUGUGGUGGGCACCCAGACGGGUUACAAGGAUCAGGCAAAGCUGCACUACAUCUCCCAGAAGGCCAAGUGUGAGGGGGUGGCCAUGUUUGUGGUGACGGUGGGCGACCGCUACAACCGGACGCAAGUGGAGGAGCUGGCCAGUUUCCCUUUACCGCAGCACUUGGUCCAUGUUGGGCAGCUGAAGGCCAACGAGCAGGGCUACACCCAGCGCUUCUUCAGAGUCUUCCUCUCCGCCCUCAACAAGGGAAUGAACACGUAUCCUCCUCCUUCUUUACAACGGACCUGCAACCAGCUGACAGAACAACAGAGAGAAACGUUUAUCAUCGACGGGCAGCAGACGGCGGAGGAGGAGUUGUUCACGGAGGAGGUGGAGGAGAGGUUCCAGGAGCAGACGGGAGUCGUGAGUCAGACGGAGCAGGUAGACGUCACCGAGACUCAGACGGAGCAGGUAGACGUCACCGAGACUCAGACGGAGCAGGUAGACGUCACCGAGACUCCGACGGAGCAGGUGGACAUCUACGAGACUCCGACAGAGCAGGUGGACAUCUACGAGACUCCGACAGAGCAGGUGGACAUCUACGAGACUGACACGGAGCAGGUGGACAUCCACGAGACUCAGACGGAGCAGGUGGACAUCCACGAGACUCCGACAGAGCAGGUGGACAUCUACGAGAUUCCGACAGAGCAGGUUGACAUCAUCAAGAUUCCGACAGAGCAGGUGGACAUCUUGGAUACUCUGACCAGAGGGGACGAAAAGGCUUUCCUUUCAGAAACUACUGUCGACGCCCCGUGUCAGCUGGAUGUUGAUACUGGCAUCCCGUGUACAGACUUUGUCCAACGUUGGUUCUAUGACAAAGCCAUCGGUGCAUGUUCUCCCUUCUGGUAUGGUGGUUGCGGUGGUAACGCCAACCGCUUUAGAACGGAAAAUGAAUGUUUCCGGACAUGUGGCACACAUAAUCUGAACACCCUGCCGAGGCCGCAGCCGACCAGCUUCGACUCCAGAGAAUCCUGUUUCCUCGGCCAGGACCCCGGCAACUGCCAGAACUACACCAUGAUGUGGUUCUUCGACACCGUACAGAGCGAAUGUUCCCGUUUCUGGUACGGCGGCUGCGGCGGCAACAACAACCGCUUCAAGACGCAGGAGGAGUGUGAAAACCUCUGUGUGACGGAGAGCCGAUGAGAAGGAUACUGCUGGAUUUGUUUUUUUAUUUUUUUAUUUUUUGGAGAAAACCGCCACUCUUCACCAUACAUGUAUCAGGAAAACAUAAGAAAAACACGCAUCUUCAAGGAAAAACACAAACACAAAGUGUUGAGUCUGUUCUGGGACAGUUAAACUGUUCACUAGUUUCUGCAAAACAAAAGGCCUUCAGGCCAGUUUAAACUGUCCCAGCAGUGUGAGAUUAAUUAAAAGGCUUUGAGAAAGAGUUGAGUUUGUUUAGUUUUUUUUCUUGAACACGCGUGUUUUGUUUCCCAGAGAGCACCUUUUGUUUUUAGAGCUCUUUUUUAAAAACCUUCACUGACAUUUUACAAUAGAAAACUCAAACUGUUGGACGUUGAUUCCACCUGACUGACGCUCAUCAGAGACUCCAGAGCUGUUACACACUUCUAUCAGGAUACUUUUUUCCUUUCAGGUGCUAUUUUUAAUGAAGCCGUUGCGGUCGGAGGAGUUUGUUGAGACUCAAAAAUGAAUGUAUGAAGGAAUCACAUCAGGUUUGGUAAAAAUUCAAGUGUGUUUUUGUAAAUGAGCUUGGUAUCCACAACAUGUCACAUUUGGCUGUUUAUCCGUUCAGCUGCUGUAAAACAAACAGCGGCUGGAUGUUGAAGCGAGUGUAACUCUGCUGAUCCUCACAGGUAAAGGUACAAGUUGAAGUCAUUCAGUUGCAAAUAUGUAAAUCUUAGAAUUUAGAGCUGCAACGAUUAGUCAAUUAAUCGAUUAGUUGCCAAUUAUUAAAUUAAUCGGCAACUAUUCUGAUAAUUGAUUCAUCGUUUUGAGUCAUUUUUUUGAGUCAGAGGAACAUUUCUGACUGCAGCUUCUUAAAUGUGAAUAUUUUCUGGUUUCUUUGGUCUCUAUGACAGUAAACUGAGUAUUUUUGAGUUGUGG